UGAAGGCUCCGGCUACGGACAUGAGCAUGCCCCCGCUAGAGGUUACUCUGUUUGCAGCGGUCUUUCUCUUUGCUGCAUUUACCUUGUGGGCCACUCGGAGACGCCACAAACAGGGUCGGCUGAGAAGAUACGGAAUUCCAGGACCUGAACCAAGCCUAUUUUUUGGAAACUACAUGGAACUCAAGAAGGACCGAAUCAAGGUCAUGGAGCAGUGGGCCCAAAAGUAUGGAAAGGUGUACGGUUUCUACGAAGGCGAGGUUGCGAAAGUUGUCAUUGGCGACGUCAACAUUGCCAAGGAAAUCUUCGUUAAGCGAGCGCAUGAAUUCACAGACCGGCCACCGAUGGUAACCGACAUCGAGUGCAUUCUGAACAGCCUCAUAGGACUGAAAGAUUCCUGGUCAUUUUAUCUUUGCUUCGCAGGGGACGAAUGGAAGACAGUCCGAAACCUACUAAAUCCUAGUUUCACGUCAGUUAAGAUGAAGUUAAUGCUAGACAUCAUCCACCAUUGUUCAGACACCUUGGUGGAAAUUGUUAGCCACCAAGUGUCGGCGAACGGAUGCGCUGACGUAAAUCUCUCCAAGCUCUGCCAAGGUGUCUCUAUGGACGUCAUCACCAAGUGCUCCCUCGGAUGGCAGUCGGGCUGCCAGAAAAAUCCGGAUGAUCCCGUCAUCAGCACGAUCAAGAAGAUACUGUGGAAUUCAGGGAACCUGAUCAAUGACGUGUGCAUACUGGUGCCAUCACUCGGAACUGUUAUGUCAUACAUAUUUCCGCUACUCAGCUACGGGAGGCUGUUCACGCAAAUGCAAGAUAAUCUGCAUCAAGUCCUCAAGCUGCGCAAGAGCGGAACGUCUGCCGCUGCGGAUAUUGUUCAACUAAUGGUUGAGGCUCAGAAGAACGCCUCUAGCACGAACGGCGUGCAAAAUGGAACAGUUACGUCCGCCUCCAGCGCUAUCAGGUUAAAGACCAGCUUCAUCAAGGAUACGCAUAUUGUGUCCAACUGCUUCGUCUUUCUCGUUGCUGGUUACGAGACCACGGCAAGCACGUUAGCGUUUGCGCUCUACGAGUUGGCCAGGCACCCCGAAGAACAACGUCGGCUCCACGACGAGCUCAUGUCCGCCUUUCCCGAUAAAGACGUUCUUAGCUACGAGGAUCUGCAGGCUCUGAAGCGGCUCGACGCGGUCAUCAGAGAAUGUCUGCGUCUCUACCCACCUUUGGUGCUGGUAACGUCACGUGUGUGCGCCAAGGACACUCCGCUGGCAAGUGGCUAUAUCAUCCCGAAAGGCUCUCACGUCAUCUUGCCGACGUGGAAUGUUCUACACGAUCCCGAUCUGUGGGCUGACCCUUACGACUUCGACCCAGACCGGUUCAGCGAGAAGCUCGAAGGGGAACGCCUCGCUGCAUCCGGCGUUGUGUUCGGCUUCGGGCCUCGUGAAUGCAUCGGAAAGCGUCUCGCUCAGCUUGAACUAAAGGCUGUAUUGUCGAAGCUCAUCAGAAAGUACAAAUUCAGCGUCUGCGGCGAAACAGAAAUUACUAUGAAAGUGAAGGUUCCUCUCAUCAACGUGUUUCCGGAGCGCGAUAUUGUGCUGGGCGUUGAGGCACGCCGUCCACAAAAAGCAUAGGACGACAGUAGUCGACCGGCGCGUUGCGUCGUAAUGCGACGUAAAAUUUUACAAGACAAGCACUCGCACGCCUUCUUCAUUAUGAAAAUCGUUUGGGCGAGAGACUACUGGCACCUUCAGGUAAUAUGGCACACCAAAACUCGCUGGUUCACAAUCACACCCACUUUCAUAAAUUCAUGGUCAUUUUGACUAAUCUGCACAUCGCAUCACUCGGUAGCACAUAAGAAAAUGCAUCAAAUGGAUGAAAUGUCUGAGUCUUGUGCGAAUCAUCUUGAUGACUCAUUUAGAUACGUACAGAAAUGUAAGCACAUACGCUCAAGUCUACCCGUUCCAGCUAUUCAGAAUUAAGAUUUAGCUCCAAACCAGGUAACUGAAUGCCGUGUCCUAAAGAUAUAUUGCGGGUAAAACAAUAACGAAGUUGUAGCACAUUAGCUACGUCUUGGCGGCUGUGGUCAUGAAAACAAACACACAUGAUAACUAAGGGCCAAAAUCCGCCGUCAUUUUCUUUCAUCAAUCUCAUUCUUCCACAGUUCAACCUCUUCACGAUCAUCCAACAUAUUUAACAUCAUCUAUUCCAGUGAAGUUGGCCUGUGAAAUGUGCCUG